AUAAACAAUCGAUAAAAAUUGAUUGUCUCCACGAUUAGGAUUAUGACGGCAUGUAACCGUAGGGACGUAUUGUGUCAACAACAAGUUUUUUUUACCAUCCCUUGUCAAUUAAAACCAUCUGUCUAUUCUAAAAAAUCUUUCCCGAUGAAUCCGCUGCCGAUUUUGCGUUUCCAACUAAUGUACCGUCGUCCGUCUAUAUUUAUAAUGAAGCGUUUCUAUUCGGAAUUGGGAAAGAUGCCAGAUUCUUUGAAAGAUAUUCCGGAACAAUCGAAUCCGACGUUUUACAACAUGGUACAAUACAAUUUUCAUAAAGCUCGUGUGGUGGUCGAAGAGAAACUGAUCGAAUCGUUAAAGCAUCAAAAAGGGUUGCCACCGAUGGAUUUGUCAGCAAGAAAAGCAAAAGUCAGGAAUGUAAUGUCUUAUUUGGAAAUGUGCGAUGCGGUACUUGAGUUAAAUUUUCCGGUGAAAAAGGACGACGGGUCGUACGAGAUGAUCAGGGGAUACAGAGCGAUGCAUAAAUGCCACAAAAUGCCGGUUAAAGGCGGGAUGAGAUACUGCCUGAGUGUGAACAGAGAUGAAGUACGCGCAUUGUCUGCGAUUAUGACUUAUAAAUGCGCGACGGUGGGCGUUCCAUUCGGCGGAUCCACCGGGGGACUAUGCAUUAAUCCCGCCAAGUUCACUGUAAACGAAUUGGAAAAGAUAACGAGGAGGUACACGAUCGAAUUAGCUAGGAAAGGAUUUAUCGGACCCGAAAUUGACGUGCCAGCUCCAGACGUUUCUACGGGAGAAAGAGAGAUGUCUUGGAUAGCGGAUACUUACCACAAAACGUUCGGGUAUCGAGAUAUUAACGCACAAGGUUGCUGUACUGGAAAACCACUAAAUCAAGGCGGUAUUCACGGAAGGAUUUCUGCACCCGGCAGGGGGAUUUUCAAUUGUUUGGAUCAGAUAGUGACGAGUGAGGAUUUUAUGAAACUCGCCGGACUUUCGGUCGGCUGGAAAGACAAAACAUUCAUCAUCCAAGGAUUCGGGAACGUUGGCCUUCACACCAGCAGAUAUUUGACUGGAGCUGGUGCAAAAUGUAUUGGUAUUAUGGAAGUGGAUGGUAGUAUAAUUUCCCCGCAAGGUAUAAAUUGUUUAGAUCUUCACAACUAUAAAUUAACAAAAGGAUCAAUCGUUGGUUUUCCUGGUGCACAACCUUACAGAGGAAAGAAUUUAAUUUGCGAACCGUGCGACAUUUUGAUACCAGCGGCCGGCGAAAAAUUAAUUAACAAAGAGGUCGCACAAGAAGUUAAAGCAAAAAUAGUGGCAGAAGGGGCAAACGGGCCAAUUACUCCCGCCGGAGAUAAGGUUCUUUUAUCAAAAAAUAUUCUUAUUUUGCCGGACUUAUUUUGUAACGCGGGAGGUGUGACAGUGUCUUAUUUUGAAUGGCUAAAGAACCUAAAUCACACCUCUUUCGGAAGAUUGACGUUUAAAUACGAAAGAGAUUCAAAUUAUCUGUUGUUGAGUUCGGUACAAGAAUCUCUGGAGAGGCACUUUGGACAAGACGGAACGAAGAGGAUUCCCAUCGUUCCCAGCGAGUCCUUCAAGACGAGGAUUGCGGGGGCGUCCGAGAGAGACAUUGUUGUAUCGGGAUUAGCUUGGACCAUGGAACGGGCAGCGAGAGAGUUAACAAACACAGCGAAAGAAUUCAACCUGGGAACGGAUUUUAGAACCGCCGCUUACGUUGCAGCCAUCGAAAAAAUUUUUCAUACAAUCAACGAAGCGGGCCUCACGUUUUGAUCACAUUUUUUUCUUUAGCGUUUUAAGUUUUAUUUUUAAUUGUAAUAUAGACGUUUUAUUUCCAAUUUUUGA